AGUCUCCUGUUUAUGAAGUUGCGCAAGCUGUACGGUCUGUGUAUUUGUCUGCGUGUUUGCUGUCUGGUUUGAGUUCUUUAGACAAAACACAAAAGUAAAACAUUGUCAAGCUAGUGAUUGAAAUCUAAAUGGAGGUAAUGGACAGCCCUCUCAAUCGUGCCCAUCUUUAUGGUCGCAAGGCAGAUCGGUUGGUAACUAAAGGAAAAUAUGAGGAGGCGAUUUUGUGUCACGGUGAGGCGGCAGAGCUCUUGAAUGAGGCCUUGUUAAUGACACACUGUAAACAGGUAAGGCUGUCUUUAGCGCUUCAGAGAGACAGACACCUACAACAGCAACGCCUUAUCAAAGGAAGGACCAUGGUCAGCUCACCUGUGUCAGUGGCCCUCCGUAUGGACUUGACCAUAAUGUCUAGUCAAACAGUUCUCCAAGAUGAAGCUCAGCCGCCUCCGCUUGGCUGGAAGACGGCAAAAGAUGAUAAAACUCGACUGGAGGAGCAGAGCACCUCCAUCGCUGACUUGUGGAAGCUUGUGGCUCUCCUGCUAAAGGAGAACGAGCAGUUAUUGGAGGAACAUGAGAAACUGUGGAUGGAGAACGCUCGCCUGAAGAAAGACCUUUAUGAGGAGCAUCAGAGUCGCUUACCUUCUCUAGCGGAGCCUGCUCAGAUGCUUUCACCGCUGGGUGUGAACCUUCAGGAGAAGAUCCGAUUGUUGUGGGAAAGAGCAAACGGGAGCUACAUGUAGUCCUGCAUACUUGAUGAACGAGAGGUCCGACUGAAAGUAUUAUGUACAUUAGCAUCAUGUACUGUAGUUUUUAAGUGACCUGUUAGCCUAAGCCAUACAAAGAUGACUUGAAGUGUAUUUGGCUUAAAACUACAAAGAGAUUUAACAGUUUGGCUUUUAAAUAGAGUUUAAUCAAUAAUUUAAAGGUGCAGUGUGUAAUUUUUAAAAGGAUCUCUUGACAAAAAUGCAAGUAAUAUAUACAAACCUAUAUUAUCAGGGGUGUAUAAAGACCUUUUUAUAAUGACCCGUUAUGUUUUUGUUAACUUAGAACGAGACGUUUUUAUCUACAUACAUCAAGGGUCCCCUUACGUGGAAGUCGCCAUUUUGUGCCGCAUGUUUCUACAGAAGCCCUUAACGGACAAACUUUUUUUGCCAAGUUGUCUCAAUUGCAUGUUUUCCGGUGGCGGCUACCGUAGCUUCUCUCUAUGUGUUUCAAAAGCGAGCAGUGGACUGAGCUGUUGGUUGCAAUUCACAACCUCAUGACUAGAUGCUGCUAAAAUUUACACAAUGCACCUUUAAAGGGGAUAAGGCUUUUUUAAGAUGUGAAAUAAACCUUUGGUGUCCCCAAAGUACAUAUGUGAAGUUCUAGCUCAAAAUAUUAGAUAUACAAUUUAUUAUAGCAUGUUAAAAUUGCCACUUUGUGCCAUUUUGGGUGUCCUUUUAAAUGCAAAUGACUUAUCUCUGCACUAAAUGGCAGUGCUGUGGCUGGAUAGUGCAGAUUAAGUCCCAUUCUGACAUCACAGGGGAAGCCAAAUUUAAAUGACUUAUUUUUUUCACAUGCUUGCAGAGAAUGGUUUACCAAAACUAAGUUACUGUGUUGAUUUUUUUUACAUUUUCUAGGUUGAUACAAGCACUGGGGACCCAAUUAUAGCACUUAAACAUGGAAAAAGUCAUUUUCAUGAUAUG